AUGCCUUUGGCGGAUGUCCAGGAGGCCCGCGACGCGGUGGCCAUCAUCGGCAUGGCAUGUCGUUUUCCUGGGGAAGCAACCUGCCCAUCCAAAUUCUGGGAUCUCCUCAAGAAUGGACAAGAUGCUUUCUCCGCUGAUACAGACCGAUAUAACAUACCGGGUUUCUACCAUGCCAAUAGUGGCGGCCGUCAAAACGUAAUACCGCACCAGGGCGGGCAUUUUCUCAAAGAGGACCCGUUCGCCUUUGACGCUGCCUUUUUUAACAUAACACCCGCAGAAGCUGCAGCUUCGGACCCCAGGCAGCGUCUCGCACUUGAGGUGGCGUAUGAGGCAUUCGAGAACUCCGGCCUAAACCUGCAGAAGGUGGCUGGUACAAAAACGGCCUGUUUCAUGGGCUCAGCAGCAAACAUGGGAGACUACAAGGACGGCAUCGCCCGCGACUUUGGGAACCAGCCCCAGCACCUAAUCAUGGGCAUCUCGGAGGAGUUAAUGAGCAAUCGUCUCUCUCACUUUUUUGAUCUCCACGGUCCCAGCGUAACCGUUGAGACGGCAUGCUCGUCUAGCCUAGUGGCUGUACACCUCGCGUGUCAGAGCUUGCGGUCAGGAGAGACCACCGUAUGUACAACACCCCGCCCCCAUUUUCCCCUCCAAAUCAUCUACGUAUUAUAUGCUCUCACCCUUUCACCUGACACGUCAAUGCAACUACACAAUUUGUCCGUUCUCAGCCCGGAGGGCCGAUCAAGGUCCUUCGACGAAAAAGGCGGUGGCUACGGCCGUGGAGAAGGUUGCGGCGUGGUUGUCCUAAAGCUGUUGUCUGCGGCACUACGUGAUGGUGAUCCGAUACGCUCCGGAAUGGCGAUGCCAUCUGGCGCGUCCCAAGCUCAACUUAUCAAAGACGUGUACCAAUCCGAGGGGUUGGAGUACGGCUCAACCCAAUACAUCGAAGCCCAUGGAACCGGUACUAAGGCUGGAGAUCCCACGGAAGCCAAGGCGAUCUAUAGUACUAUUGGCCAAGGCGCAACCAAGACGCAUAAGCUGAUAAUGGGCAGCGUUAAACCCAAUAUUGGUCAUCUCGAACCAGCCGCGGGCAUAGCCGGGUUGAUCAAAGGCGUACUGGCCCUAGAACAUGGUCUUAUCCCUCCAAAUAUUCAUCUAUCCGAGCUCAACCAAAAGAUUCCACUAGACGAGUGGAACAUGGCGGUGCCAACCAGCUUGACACCAUGGCCUGUUUGCAAGACCAGGCGUAUGAGCAUCAGUAGCUUCGGCUUGGGUGGCACAAAUGCGCAUCUCGUUGUUGAAGCACGUCAACCAGACCAACCUGGCCAGACGAACGGCCAUAUCAGGCCGGCCCAUCAGAUUUUGGCCAGCGAUACUGUCGGCCAAAGUGUCACCAGCAGGAAGAGACUUUUCGUCUUCAGCGCUCAGGACCGAGCUGGCUUUGUGAGGAUCGGACAAUCACUCGUCGAGCAUCUUGACAGCCUGGGCCCUUGCGCAUCGACUCCCGAGUAUCUCGCGGAUCUUGCCCACACCCUUGCACUUGCAAGAUCAGGCCUCGCAUGGAAAGGCAGCUGCUUGGCAGAGAGCGCGGCCGAGCUAGUUGAACAAUUAUCCACUGGCCUAGAUGAACAUGUCACACGAGAUCCCAGAAAACACCCACGCAUUGCCUUUGUCUUCACUGGGCAGGGUGCCCAGUGGGCUGGCAUGGGCGUGGAGAUGCUAGGACGACCCGUGUUUAUGGCAGCCAUAGCCAAGUCCGCCUCCAUCUUGCGGGAGCUUGGUUGUGACUGGGAUCCCGUUACGGAGCUGCGGAGAGCGGAAGACGAAAGUCGGCUGCGCCAGGCGGAGAUUAGCCAGCCCAUAUGCACCGUACUCCAGAUCGCCCUGGUCGAAGAGCUAAGGUCAUGGGGCGUGAAGCCUGAAAAAGUUGUCGGUCACUCUAGUGGUGAAAUCGCGGCCGCAUACUGCCUCGGGGCUUUAACUCAUCGUGACGCGAUCAUGGCUGCAUACUUCCGGGGCAAAGCCUCGGCUAGGCUGCAAACGUUGAUGCCAGGUCAGGAUGGUGCUAUGAUGGCCGUUGCUUGUUCAAGAGAGCAGGCGCAGCAGCUGAUAUCCGAGCAUGAUACUGGUGGUGGCCAAGUCACCGUCGCCUGCGUCAAUUCGCCAAAUAGUGUUACUCUCUCGGGUUGCGCGGCAGCGCUUGCCAAUUUCUCCGAGAUACUGCGAGAGCGCAAGAUACUUGCUCGGCGACUCAAAGUCGACGUCCCGUACCAUUCGCCUCUCAUGAACGCUAUUUCGGAGGAGUAUUCCACUUCAAUAUCGAGCAUAGUACCCAGAAAUGUGGUCGACGAGUCGAUCAGUAUGAUUUCCAGUCUGACAGGUUCCGAGGUUGCCGCCGGGAUGUUGGGUCCUUAUUACUGGCUUGGCAACUUGCUCUCGCCAGUGCUAUUUUCCGAUGCCGUCAGGGAGUUGACCAGACCGUCGGACUCUGCCAAGGCCGAGAACACGGUAGACAUGUUUAUCGAAGUUGGCCCCCACAGUACCUUGGCCGGGCCAGUUGAACAGAUUCUGGAUCAUUAUCAUCUAGGAAACGUGCCGUACAAGUCGGUCCUUCUACGUGGCCGCAACUCCUCAGAAACUAGUCUACAGCUUGGCCAAGAACUCUUCCAUCAGGGUACACAGCUUAUCAUGGAACAAGUCAAUGGUGACUUGGACUGUAGGCUGUUGACGGACCUGCCUCCAUAUCCCUGGAAGCAUGACAGGAAGUACGAUGCUACAUCGCGUUUACAGAAAGAGUACCUCCGUCGCCAGUUCCCAACCAGAAGUCUGAUUGGGGCGAAGAUGCCGAUGAUGGGUGAGAAUCAGCAUACAUGGCGUGGGUUUAUCAGCCUCAAAGAUGAGCCCUGGUUGCGCGAUCACAAGGUCGGCGAAACGGUUUUGUUGCCCGCCGCUGGCAUGCUCAGCAUGGCAAUUGAGGCAGGCCGGCAGCUUGCAGAUACAGCCAAGACACUUCAUUCCUACCGACUGCGUGAAGUUUCCUUCUUCGCCGCCCUCUCACUUCUGGAAAAUGCGCCUACUGAGGUCAUCAUGACUAUGCGGCCACAUCUCGUCAGCACUACUACGAGACAGGCUGCCUCACCUUGGUGGGAGUUCUCGCUAUCCUCGAGCUCUGGCGCGGACCGAGUGAGGGAUCAUUGCCGUGGGCUAUUGGCAAUGGACUAUAAGGAGAACCGGACUGAGCAAAUCAACCACGAGGAUGCGAGCAUUUCAAACCAAAAGAUUGCGGAUUAUUCCCAUGUGCUCCGCGAGUGCCAGGCACACACCUACGGUAAAGAGGACUUUUAUGCACACCUGGACAGACUCGGUUUUCGAUAUGGCGAGAAUUUCCGCACCGUCGAAAAUAUAUGCCCAGGCCCCGGAAGGUCAGCCUUCGGUGUUCGCAUUUUGGACAUUGGCGAAACGUUCAGCAAGGGCCAGACCGAUAUGAGGCCUUUCUUGGUUCAUGGGGCCACACUCGACGCCUUCUUCCAGAGUUGGACUAGCAGCACUUUCUACAACGGCCAAAUUCGCUCCGAGAAGCCGUAUGCGCCAAUAUUUGUGGGUGAAAUGGAGGUCACGGCUGACUUCCCAGCUCCAGAGGGUCAGCUCAUGCCGGGUUUCUGCCUCUCGGAAUAUCGUGGUCCCAACGAAUUGUCGGCCAGCACGUUCCUGUUUGACCCUUCGCUAUCCAAGCUUCAUCUCUCGGUCAAUGACUUCCGGAUAUCCGAACUUGACGCUUCUGUAUCCGCAGUGGACGAUCAGAGCUCUCCAAGCGCGACCCCCUUUCAUGUGCGCUGGGACUACGCCCUCGAUGUCCUACAACCGGGCCAAGCGGCGAGGAUUUUGUCUGAUGCGGCUGUUACAUCACAGGACUGUCUGCUCGAGCUUGUUCGCAUGACACUCCAUGAGAACCCCGCUGCUACAGUCCUUGAGGUGGUUCCGGACUACGCCUCGCUUCCUCAGGCAAUCAUCCAUACGGUGCGGUCAAAUCCUGGAUUACCAAACGGUGAGGCUUUGCCCGUCCGAGUCUUUUACGCCAUAGCAGACAUCCGCGAUCAGAAAGGCUUUCAAGAAGGCGACGAAAAGAGCUACCACGGCCAACCAGUAGCACUUGGCCUGCCGGGUUGUGCCCUGCCAGAGAAUGUUCCGCCUGCCUCCUUGUUGGUCAUUCCGCCAUCAGCCAGCGACCUUGCGGAUGCAGGGAAUGUCUUGGCACGUUCAAUCGACCUGGCCGGCACCGAAGCGACAAUUUUACUUGCAGCUAAUCUGCCCGACGCAGCAUCCGUUCUCGAAGACAAGGGGUUUAGAAGGUGUCUUGUCUUCCCAGGACGUAAAGGAUCCGUCGAGCAGUAUCGCCGGGGCCCUGUUAAGCAGUCCCACGAAACACUUGGGCCAGAAGUCAUUAUUAUCGAGCCGCCUACGCCGACGAAGAGCUCUGAAGUUUUCUCCAAAACGUUGUGUAACAUAUUGGCUGAACACGGCCAAUCUGUCACGCGUCAGAGCUGGACAGACGCUGUCACCGGAAACAGCAUUGCUGGAAAAUCUGUUCUAUCACUGCUGGAGCUUGAGGAACCCUUCUUACAAAGCCAGUCUCCUUCAGACUUCGCAAGGGUCAAGGAUUUGGUACUACAAACCGAGCGGCUUCUAUGGGUCACUUGCAGCAACCAGCCGUCCUUCCACUUGGUAGACGGGCUGGCGCGAUGUAUUCGCAACGAAAUUACCGGCACCAAUUUUCGUAUUCUGCAUCUUAGUGAGGCCACUGGCAAGGAAAAUGGGCCGGCUCUGGCUGCAUACAUCGCCACAAGGGACACAGAGGACAAAGAGUUUCGUGAAGUUCAGGGCGUGCUCCAGGCUGCCCGGGUAUUUCCGGACCUCGAAGGUCACAAGCGUGUAGCGGGACUACUACAAGCUUCCGAACGCAUGGUCUCUCUUCAUGAGCAGCAUGUCCCGCUCAAGCUCAGCAUUGGGAGGCCUGGUCUUCUGGACACGCUAUGCUUCAUCACUGACGAAGAUAUGACCGGUCCGCUAGCAGAAAACGAAGUCGAGGUUCAAGUCAAAGCUGCAGGUCUCAACUUCAAAGACGUCAUGGCUGCCAUGGGAAUGAUCCCAUUGUUGGUUUUGGGUUCAGAAGCCAGCGGAAUCGUCCUCAGGACUGGCGAUAAAGUGAAUCGUUUCGUGAAAGGUGACCGUGUAGCCGUCUUGUGUCCAGAGGGAGCACACAAAACGGUUCUACGAGUUGACGAACGUAUGGCAAUUAAAGUUCCAGACACUUUCAGCUUCGAGGAGGCGGCUUCGAUACUUGUGGUGUUCAUCACUGCAUACCACGCACUCAUGAACGUUGCUAAGCUCGAGAAGGGUCAGUCUAUUUUGAUCCAUGCUGCCGCGGGCGGUGUCGGCCAGGCAGCUAUACAAUUAGCCCUCUACUUGGGCCUGGACAUCUACGUUACUGCAGGUUCAGAAGAAAAGCGCAAGUUCUUGGCAGAGCGGUACAACAUUCCUUCGUCACACAUAUUCAGCUCACGUGAUACAAGCUUCAGCAAGGGGAUCGCGCGAGUCACGGAGGGAAAAGGUGUUGACUGCGUCUUGAACUCGCUUUCGGGCGAGCUUCUUUUUGCCUCCUGGAACUGCGUGGCGCCCUUCGGCACAUUCAUUGAGCUUGGCCUCCGUGAUAUUACCGAUAACACACGCCUGAGCAUGUCACAGUUCCGGAAAAACUGCUGCUUCACCUUUUUCGACAUCAAAGACAUCCCCAAGAAUACCCUGGCUACGAUUCUCGACCGCGUUGUUGGGCUGAUUCGCCAAGGCCAUAUCUCCACUGUGAAUCCCCUGACGACAUACUCUUUCGGCCAGGUCAAAGAGGCUUACCGUACUAUGCAGCAGGGGAAGCACUACGGCAAGCUCAUACUAUCGUUAUCAGGCGACGUUCAAGUUCCGCUUCGCCUCACAGUUGAGCAAUCACUAAAACUCAACCCUGAGGCGACCUAUCUUUUGAUAGGUGGCCUAGGAGGGUUGGGCCGUAGCCUGGCGCAGCUUUUCGUCACAUCUGGUGCUCGGAAUAUCGCCUUUAUCUCGCGUUCUGCCGACACUUCUCCUCAGGCCAAGGAACUCAUCGCUAAAUUGGCGGGCCAAGGCGUCAACAUCAGAGUCUUCCGUGGUGACAUAGCUGAUCGGGAUUCACUUCUUGCAGCUCUAGAGCAAUGCUCACAGGAGCUUCCACGCAUCCGAGGUGUCGUGCAUUUAGCUGCAGUGCUCUGUGAUGGCAUAUUUGAGAAGCUUUCCCAUGAGGAGUGGACCAGCCCACUACGCCCCAAAGUUCAGGGAUCGUGGAAUUUGCAUGAGUAUUUCGAUCAUUCACGACCACUCGACUUCUUUAUUUUAUGCGCAUCGGUCUCGGGUAUCUGGGGUCAUGCUAGCCAGUCCGCAUACGCGGCCGGCAACACAUACCAAGAUGCCCUAGCCCAUUACCGUCGUUCAGGGGGACUCAAGGCCACUGCCGUCGAUCUAGGUAUCAUCCAAGACGUUGGUAUGGCGGCUGAGCGGAAUUUCGGCACGCAGUUCGAGUUGUGGAAGAAAGUCAUCGGUAUUCCAGCACCCGUAUUUCUGGCUUUCAUGAAGAGCCUGAUCAAUAGCCAGCUUGAGGAAGCGCCAGGCGAUGAUACAGUCCCAGCACAGGUCUGUUUGGGCGUCGGCUCGGCCGACGCAUGGGCAGCGCACGCCGUCGACCCUCCCCUGUACCUCAACGACUCUCGAUUCAGGGCCGUGAACACCACACAAGCCGCAUCCACGGCCUCGGCUGGCACACAGCAGAUGCGCAAUGGCGACACCUCAUCGCUGGCGCAUCGGCUAAGCCAGGCGACUACUAGAAAGCAGGCAGCAGACAUCAUUACGGAAGCCCUCGUCCACAAGGCGGCCGGGAUCCUUCAAAUCCCCACAUCUGAGGUCGACCCAUUCAAAGCGUUGCACGAAUACGGCGUCGACUCGUUAGUAGCCAUCGAAGUGCGCAACUGGAUCAACUCCUCCAUGAAGGCAAAUUUGGCUCUGCUCGAGAUCAUGGGUGGCGAACCCAUCAACGAAUUUGCCACGAAAAUUGCGCAGAAAAGCGUGCUAUGCAACAGGGCACUAGGAAAAGAAGACGCAAGCUCCGGGGAGCUGUCGGAGGGAGGGGGCAAUUAA